GGAAUUAUUUUUGUGCGCUGCUUUUCGCGGGGCGGCCAAAAGCACGGACCACGUGUGGGUUCGCUCGGGAAACAGAUGGCCGGUCCACCGAUUGUGGCGUAAGGGCAUCACCAAGAUUGUGCUCUAGCCCAGGUGUGGCGGGGCAGGUCUAGACGGCAGGGUAUGUGGCGUCAAGCGUAUCGACUCUAGGCAUCAUCUGUUCGUUCAACUGGCCACCUUUCAUCGCUAACAAGCAAGGUAUCUGGCCAGUCUACCGCUGUCAGAGUCAUCGUUUUGUUCUUUGUUUCUAUUUAACCGCCCAUCUGACCAAACUCUCGAGCCUUGUACUUAUUCCUCAGCCACAUCUGCUAGAGUACGCUCCAACCUACCGAACUACACAUCUAUCUUUUGUUUACACGUCCACUUUUGCAACCGAAGAUGCCGACCGCACUUGACAACAUGAUGAAAUCGAAGAACAUGGUCUGGGCCUUUGGCCUCGUCGUGGCUGCAGCAACAGCCAAGGUGAUUUGGGGAGAUGAGAUCUUCCCGCCUGAGAAAGAUCCCAAGGGCGACCCGAAGACUUGGACCCGGGAGGAGAUGCGGAGAUGGUUAGCUGCGCGAAACCUAUUUCCCCAGGACAAGGACACGAAAGAAGAGCUGCUGGAGAGAAUUCUCGCAAACAUGAGACAUCCCAAACCAUAAGGCUAAUUCGUAUACCGGUCAUUGGAGCUCUUUUUGCUUGCUUGUUGUCACUAGAUACCACCGAAUCAAUCAUGUUUGUUUGACCAUUUCGUCCCAUGACUUUCCUGCGGUGUGUGUCUCAUAAAU